CGUGGUAAUUGUCACAAACAUGGCGUCUGUUGGUAAACAAACUAAACUGAACUUCACAGCAACUCGUCCUCGACCAGUCAUCAAGAAAGAGGCCCCGUCCUUCCAUAGACCAAUUACUACUGAUCAGACAAAAACAGUUGAACAAGUUGAAGCUGAAUUGAACAUCCUACGUCAAUUUGACCUCAAUCUAAAAUACGGCCCAUGUCUGGGUAUGAGUAGGUUGGAGAGAUGGGAAAGGGCCCAGCGGUUUGGACUGAGCCCUCCAGUUGAGGUCAGGAACAUCGUUAUGAGUAACCAUGGCAACACAUUGUACAGUGAAUGUCUGUGGUUUGGUGAAAGAGGUCUUGUGUAAUCAAUAAAAUAUUAAUUACUAUUUUUAAAUCAGUUAUUUUAUUUUCAUUGUUUUAUUUUAUUACUGUAUUGAUUC